AAAAACUCUACAUUAAAUUGUUUAACAAAUAUUGUAAACUAAACAUUUUAUGAUCCCGAUCACACUGUUUAAAUUCAAAUGUCCUAUGGGAAGACAGAUAAAUGCACCUGUAUAAAGAAAAUCAUUAUAAUCGAUAGAUAAAACAUACAGCUAACUCUGACAGGUAGGCUAUUUAAAUGUUUUAAAAGGCCUUUAUCUUCUGAAUGCUUGAUACACACCGCUGCACAUUACCGCCAUUUUCUGCUAUAUUUUAAGAUGAGGGACAAACAGAAUCAUUUAUCAAUGUCAGAAAAUCUCAAUUAAAUCCUUGAACAGUAUUAUCAAAAUUUCACAAAAACUGGUUAUAACGAUGUAAUAAUAUUCAUAACAAAUUCAAGAAACCUUCUUUACAAAAAUAUACAAAAUGUCUGUGAAAAAUAUAGGAAAUCUACCACAUAAUAAACUUGAUAAAGAAAUCAAUAUUUUCAAGACAUAGUUAUUGCCCUUGGAUUCAACAUUUUGAAACACGUACAUCAUUGAUUAUUCAUAUAUAAUUCAAACUUUUGAAAUAUUUUAUGUUUAACAAGAUUUUUCUGCAAUAACUAUUGGAAAAGACUCCAAAAGAAAGUUAUGUUCCUAUCAUGCAUAGAUCUGAAUAAAUGAUUGAUUCUGCAAAAGUUUAUGGUGUCACAUGUGGAUGUUACUUCAAAGUGCCAAUUUGCUGCCACAAUUAAAACAGAAAACUAACGAGUCGUACACAAAGAAGUUUGCAAUGGCAACAUCAGAUCCACUGGUCAGAGCGCAAGAUGUUAAACGCUGUCAGUUGUGUCCCGGCAAAGACAGGAAGUCUGCAGCAGAAACUGUGUGUAACACCUGCCACGUCAACCUCUGUAAGGACUGUGUAGGACAUCACAUGACCUCAAAUCCCACCAUACGCCACGAUGUUGUCACUUUUAAAUUCAAAAUUUUAGAAAUCAUUCCACCCCAGUGUAAACUGCAUCAAAAUAAGAAAUGUGAAAUGUUCUGUGAACAAUGUGAUUCUCCAAUUUGUCUGAAAUGUCUUGCCUCUGGAUCUCAUGAAAACCAUGAUGUGUCACAGAUUUCAGAAAUCCACAUCUCUAGAAAACAGCUGAUAGAAAAAGACACGAAAGAACUUGAAAGUAACAUUGCACCUGUGUUUGAAUCAAUUCUCUCUGCAAUAGAAGAAAUGUUGUCAAAUGUUCUCCAAAAACAUGGAGGAAGACAACAUGCCAUUUCUGAAUUCGGCAAAAGAUGUCAUACACUUGUAGACAUUGUUAUCAAUAGAUAUCUGAGUGAUUCAAAGACGAUAGCAAAGCAAGAUGGUGACUCAAUUCAAACUUUGAAAUCCGAGUUCCAGAAAUUACAAUCAUCUAUAGAAUCAGCUAUACAUGAAAACCAUUCUAUCCUGGCUUCCAACGAUUUAUCCAAAUUUACCAGUUACGCUUCGAGGAACGAGGAAUUAAGAAAUGUUCCCUCUAGAUUUGAAUUAACAGUCCCACCAUUGGAUCUCAGAGAACUAACAGAAGAGGUAAUGUGUCAACUGAUUGGUGUCAUUCCUACCUCAAUCAAAAAGGACGUUCAGGACAGGUCUUGAAAGUAAUUCAUCCAGUCUCCAGUGUCAACGAACCAAACAGAAAAUUAUUAGAGAAGCCUGAAUUAUUGUCAGCUCUCUAUAUUGCCCAUAGAGAGACAUACAGAGUAUGCUGUAUUCCUAACACAGAUGAGUUCUAUGUCAGCAGUAACAAUAUCAUCAUCAGACGCAUGAACACCGAACUGGAGGAGAUCACUACUAAGUCAGGAAAAUCUCCAGUAGAUCUGACGGUCACCAGGGAGGGACAUCUGGUCUACACUGACUGGGCGGAUAGAAGUAUCAACAGACGGAAGGAUGGCAAGAUAGAAUGUCUCAUCAGACUACAGGACUGGAGACCAUGGGGCAUCUGUAGUACCUCCACAGACAACUUACUGGUUACCAUGAUGUCUGAUGAUAAACAAAGUAAAGUAGUCCGUUACUCUGCUUCUACAGUCACACAAGAAAUACAAUACAGUGACACGGGCAAACCUUUAUAUUCUCAUCCAGACUUUAUUACUGAGAACAAGAACCUUGACAUUGUUGUGAGUGACACUGAUACAAGGGCAGUAGUGGUAGUAGAUAAGGAAGGCACGUUCAGGUUCAGCUAUAAUGGAAAUCUCCAAUUAAAGAAAUCAUUCAGUCCACGUGGUGUGACCACAGACAGCAUGUGUCACAUCCUGAUUGCUGACCUUGAUAACCAUGUUAUACACAUCAUUGAUCAGAAAGGACAGUUCCUCCGGUACAUAGACAACUGUAACUUACACCGACCAUAUGAUAUCAGUACAGACAACAAUGACAUGUUGUUUGUUACUGAAUAUAAAAAUAACACCGUGAAACAAAUUCAGUAUUUAGAAUAAAAGUUGAAUUCCAUACCAGGGGUUGAAAUUAACUUUUUCUACCACAGGCUAAAAUGAAAACUUACAAGCUAAAAUAAAAAUAAUGAAGCAGUG